CAGACUACCUCAUGGUGAUCCAGAAGCCCAUGGACCUCUCCACCCUGCUGUACAACAUUGAUGAGCAUAAAUAUGUCACCGUUGAUGAGUUCAUGUCAGACGCAGACCUCAUCUGGCAGAACGCUCUCGAGUACAACCCAGACAGAGACCCAGCAGAUCGUCACAUCCGUCACCGAGCCUGCGCCCUGAAAGACACAAUGCGAGUCAUCAUCAGAGACGAACUGGACAAGGAUUUCCAGAGGAUCUGCGAGGAAAUUCGAGAGUCUCGGCUUGAUAGAGCAUUAUCCCACAGGGGCAGAGCCACUCUAGAGUUGACCAAUGGCUUCUACAACUCUGUGUUCCCCAGAAACAGCACUGGACCUCAACCACGUAAGAAAAAGUCUUUCAAAUCAUCCCGAAAAUCCAAGUGGAGCACUGGUGUCAUUAAGAAACGGCAACAAAAGAAGACAGCUUCAACCUCCUCAAUGUCCAGCAUAACCAGUUCAGAUUCAAGUGCAGAUGGAAUGGGAGGGGAGAGUAGUUCUGUUGGCCGAAGCUCGUCCAGUUUGUCAGACAGCAGCGAUGAUGACGAGAACAUCUUCCUGAAGCUCAACAGGAACCAUCGUGACUUUAAAGCUCUACAAAAACGUCUAAAGCAAAACUGCAACGAGUCCAGCAGCAGCAGCAGCAGCAGCAGCAGCUGCACUCCCAAAAUUAAACUGAAGUCCAGGCAGCCUUCAAAGUCUGACCCAAUCCGAAGGAAGUCGUUGACGGAGUUUUAUUUAAAGAAAUUAGAGAGGCAGAGAAAGACUGAGAUGAGAACAAACAAGGCUGUUUUUGAGCAAAUGCAGCAGUUCAACAAGAACAGAUCUGAAGAGAGUGUUGACGAGCAAACACCCGACCUGGUAGUUGAUCACAAAAAGCUGAAAGAGCUGCUGAGCAGAGCAAUAGUUAAAACAGAGGCCGCUGAGGUGGAGACUCUGGAGAAGUUUUAUGCUCUGUUGGCUCAAUCCAUCUACAGACACAGAAACAACUACAACAAGACAGAGCUCAUUAAGGAAAUGAAGAAGGAAAUUGAAAACUUCUCCUGAGCUAUAAUAAUAAAACCCAAGUAAAUUUAAAUGUAGUUUUCUUUUGUUUUUAUAUUAAAGUGACAGUAUUAAUUUGA